AUGGCGUCGUCCGCUCGAUGGAUCCUCGCGCCGUCGCCCGUGCUGGCUCGCGGCGCGCGUGGGAAUGCGCGGCACCCAUCGGUCGUCGCGAGGGCCGGCGCGGGGGAUAACCCCUUCGCCAACCUUCGCGCGCUGCGCGGCACCCUGCCGGACAAGCCCGAGCUCGCGAGCCGGGCGGGGACGGGCGGCGGUGGCGAGGAGGGAUCAUCGGGGGACGGGCGCAUGUCCAUGGAGGAGGCCAUCGCCGAGGUGGGAAAGGGGUCCAUGCGCGCCGAGCGCAAGGCGGCGUCGUCCGCGUCGAAGGGCGGGUCGUCGUCGCCGUCGAAGGGCGGGGGCAUCGGAUCGGGCACCGGCGCGAGCAAGGGGAUGGACGUCGCCAAGCAGCAGGUCCGCGUCGGGGUGACGCGCGCGGGGAAGAAAGGCAAGUCCGUCACCUGCGUCGACGGCAUGGACGUCGGCACCGCGGAGGAGGCGAGAGAGCUGGUGAAGAAGUUCAAGAGGGUGUUGGGCGUCGGCGGCGUCGCGACGGCAAACGGCAGCCUCCAGUUUCAGGGCGACAACGCGGCGGUCCUGUGCGAGAUGCUCGUCGCGAUGGGGUACAAACGCACCAAGCAGACGGGCGGGGUGGUGGUGAAGAGAAAGUGA